AUGGCCGUCUUCGACACCCCGCAGGAGGCCUUCGGGGCCCUGCGCCCCGUCUGCGUGCAGCUGACGAGGGCCCAGACCGUGGAGAACGUGGCGCGCCUGCAGGCCCACCUGGCCGCGGUCAGCACCUCGGCCCUGCAGGAGCUGCAGGAGUACGUCCUCUUCCCCCUGCGCUUUGCCCUGAAGGUACCGGGGCCCAAGCAGGAGCGCCUGGUGCAGAGUGUGGUGCAGUGCAUUUCCUCCAUUCUCGCAGCAACGUGUGUGAAGAAGCAGGAGCUCCUGCAGGAGCUUUUCUCUGAGCUCUGUACAUGCCUCUCCCCCCCUUCUGGCUCAAGCAAACCGGUCUCGCUGUCAGAAGAGUUAAAGCUGGCUGUAAUCCAGGCACUCCACACCCUGAUGCAUUCAGCUUAUGGGGAUGUUAUCUUGUCUCUCUAUCAACCUUCUACCCUUCCUCUCUUAGGAUUUGCUGUUUCUUUGCUUCUGGGCCUAGCAGAGCAAGAAAAAGCAAAGCAAAUUAAGAUCUCUGCUUUGAAGUGCUUACAGGUCCUAGUUCUGCAGUGUGACUGCCAGGAGCAUCGAUGCCUGGGUGAAGACGAGGCACAGCGAUGUGGGGAUUUGUUUGCUUCUUUUCUGCCUGGGAUUUCCAUUACACUGUCUCGGGUUAUUACUGGAGACAUCAAACAAGGUCACAAACCCACUGUUUCUGCCAUCAGACUCUUUUAUCUGAUUGUUGGCUUGGUAAUGGCUGAUGCACAGCUAGCCAGAAUCCCAAAGAAUAAAGAAAAGCUGCCAGUGGAACAAAGCAGAAUAUCAGAACUAAUGGUCCAUAGAGGACCUGACUGGAGUAAAAGUACUGCUGAAAAAAUCUCUCUCCUUCUGCAUAAAAUGGUUGAAUUUUCUUCAGUUCACCCCCACUGGAAAGUGAGACUGGAGCUGGUGGAACUGGUCCACCACUUACUGAGGAACUGCAGUCAGUCGCUGGUGGACUCGUUCAGUCAUCUUUUAAAAGCCUUGGUUGGGCUGGUGAAUGAUGAAAACAGCGAAGUCCAAAGCAGGUGUAAUGAGGUUCUGCAAAGCAUUGCAGAGCAGAGGAUCAUAGCACAGAACAGGGCUCUUGCUGAUGUCCUCUCUGAGAACCUCCAUUCCCUUGCCACAGCUCUUCCUCGCCUGAUGAACUCUCAGGAUGACAUGGGCAAGGUUUCCACUUUGAGUUUGUUGCUUGGCUAUCUGAAGCUGCUGGGCCCCAAGGUCAACAUUGUUCUCAACUCCGUAUCCCACCUCCACCGUCUGUCCAAAGCGCUGAUGCAAGUUCUGGAGCUGGACGUGACGGAUGUGAAGAUUGUGGAAGACAGACGCUGGGGCUGCGAGAGCACAUGCGGACCUUCGGGCUUCUUGCAGCAUGGUGUGCAGAAGGGCAGGUGUCAGAAGAAAUAUUUCCGCUUCUUCACGGAGGAGAAAGUUUUCCAACUCCUUCAGCAGGUUUGCCGUGUUCUUGGCUACUAUGGGAACCUCUAUUUGCUUGUGGAUCAUUUCAUGGGGCUAUACUGUGAAUCUGGCAUGUACCGAAAGCAGGCAGCGAUGGCCCUCAAUGAGCUGAUUGCAGGAGCUGCUGGAAUGGGAGUGGAUGUCCUUCAGGAAAGGGAAGUUUCACUUAACAUGGAUGAUCUCAAAGGGUCCAUAAUGUCCAUUCUUGAUGAAUACACAGACCAGGCGAACUGGUAUUUGAUCACUAGCAUUGAUACAGAAGAAAUCGGCCAUCAGCACUCUGUGCAAUGUUCAGGACUUGCUGCCCAUCCAGGAGGCGUGUGCAGCAGCAUUCUCCUUCCGUCCCCCCCAGAGCCGCAGGUAACGACUCGCACCAUGAACAGCAAUAUCUGGCAGAUCUGCAUACAGCUAGAAGGUGUUGGCUGCUUCGCUGCUGUCCUUGGGAAGGAGUUCCGGUUGCUUCUGCUUUCAGCUCUCUACCCUGUGUUGGAGAAGGCUGGUGACAAGACUCUGCUCAUCUGUGAGACGGCACUGGGGACACUGGUAGACAUAUGCGAGGCCUGCGGUUAUGACUCCUUGCAGUGUUUGAUUAAUGAGAAUUCUGACUAUCUGGUGAAUGGGAUUUCCCUGAAUUUGCGCCAGCUGGCACAUCAGCCACAUGCUUCCCAGGUCCUGGACACUAUGCUGAAGCAUUCAGAUGCCAGCUUGCUGCCACUGAUAGAAGAUGUUAUCCAAGAUGUCCUGUCUACACUAGAUCACUCUUACAACAACCAGGCUUCCACUUUCCUCAGGGUCCUCCACUCAGUAAUGACAGCUUUAGUCCAGUGGUUUGGAUCAUCCUGUGGUGAGGAACAGCAACAAAGGCAGACUGCCAAGUGGCAGGGCAGGACUUUAUCUCACGGGCAGCAGGUGCUGACAAGGCAAGAAGUGGAGCGAUUCUUUCUCGACUAUAUCAGACAGAAGCAGAUCGCAGAGGGCAAUCUUCCUGACACAGGGGAUGAGGAUACAGAUGAGGUUCCCCCACUUGCUAAACUGGAGCCAAACAACUCUGACACAGAAGGAGAAACGCUGCUGCCAAGCCAUGCUCAACUGGCCAAAGAUGUGCUGGAGAGAUGCAUCCACUUGCUGUCGGACAGGAACCUCCGAGUGCGGCUGAAGGUCCUGGACGUGCUGGAGCUCUCUGUAACUGUGCUGCAUCCUCACGGAAACCAUCUGCUUCCCAUGGCUCAUCGUGUCUGGCCAGCUCUUGUCACCCGGCUGAUUAGUGAUGACCCUCUGGCAGUGCUCAGAGCCUUCAAGGUGCUGUGUACUCUGGCUCAAAAAUGUGGGGAAUUCCUGAGGCAGAGGUUCUCCAAAGACGUCCUGCCUAAGCUGAUCAGUUCCCUCCUCAGCCAAGCCCCAGCAAGUGCCAGAGCCGGGCCUGUGUACCACCACACGCUUGCCUUCAAGUUGCAGCUGGCUGUGUUGCAGGGACUGGGUUCUCUGUGCGAGAAGUUGGACAUGGGCGAGAGUGACCUGAAUAAAGUGGCAGAUGCCUGCCUGAUUUACCUCAGCGCCAAGCAACCCAUGAAAUUGCAAGAAGCUGCCCAGAGCGUUUUCCUCCACUUAAUGCACAUGGACCCUGACAGCACCUGGCUCCUCCUGAACGAGGUCUGCUGCCCUCACCAGUACAAGCCCCCCCAUGUCAGCCUGCGGCCUGUGAAGCUGAGUGGGAUGGGGAGGCAGCGGAACGAGUUCACCGACAACGUGCUGCUCCUGCUGGAGAGGCUGCAGCAGCAGGAGAGCGCAACGCCGCGGGCUGGCACCCCAGAGGCAGCUCCUUGA